AUGGCCCGUCCAAGCAUCACCGGCGACUCCGACCUCAUUGAGGACCAAAUUCAGCGAGAAGCUGAGAGUCAUGGCAAAUCUAACCCAUCCUCUGAUAAAAAGAAACGCAAACGUUGUCGCCAGAGCAAGAGUUCUCGCCAGAGCAAGAGUUCUGAGGAACGUCAUCGCGGAAAGAGCCUCGAUAACAUGAACUCCAGGGAUCAUAACCUUGGCCAUGACGAUGGUAUGAGUAUCGUAGUAGAGAAAGAUCCUCUGGCGUCGAGCCCACCGAAGAAAAGAAAGAAGAACAAGCACCGGGACCAAAGCAGGCUCUACGAAGUGCCAGGGGUUGAGAACCUCCCUGCCAAGCGCAAGACCUCCUAUCGGAUUGCUCAAGAUCUCGCGACAGAUGCCACUCAGGGAGACACCAAUGACGCACCAGCCAAGUCAAGAAAUCGCAAUAACGUCUCCUCUUAUCCGGGGGUUAGCCCGUUCAUGAGUCCCCCCAAAGCUCUCGUUCCACACGCUUCAGCUGCGAAUACUGUCCUCAAAUCUCCUUCUGCGCAGCAUGCUCGUCUGGAUACUAUCCUGAAGUCCUUCUCUCGAAAGGCGGUUCUAAAUGCGGCGGUGGACGACACGGCGGCACAGGACAAUGAGUCCGACGGCUCUCCUUCCCCGCCUGCGGGCCUACAGCCUGCUAUUGUAAAGGUUGAGCACGAAGGCUCGAAGAUAUCUCUCCGUGACAUAGUCAGAGCAUGCGAUUGCAAAGACGGCCGGUUCUCAUGCCCCAUUGAAGGUUGCGGAAAGUCGUAUACCCGCAAGGACUCCCUUGCUGGGCAUAUGCCGAAAGGCCACAGUGACCAGAUCCUGCGCGACAAUGGGGAUAGAACAUAUUCGGUCAUUACCCAGCCGGAAUUAACGGCAGCAGAUAGAAACUUGGAAUCAGCCCGUCGGGAAAUACAGAAGUAUACGAAUCAGGGACGCAACAACAAUGAGGGUAUGAGAGACCAACUUGCCAAAAAGAUCAAGGAGAAGGAAGUUGUUACAGAGACCAAGCUGAAGUCAAAGCCACGAAACGCCGCGACUGAGCUACCUGCCCCAGCCAAGCCUAUCUUCCCAGUCAAGUCUCAGGUCGCAGCUCACGACGUUGAGAUUGAGCGCGACAGCAGUUCUUCUCCUGUUGUUGUUCGGCCUCCGAUGAACCUUCGAUCGCCCAAGCCAAUCAAACCUGCCGUUGGUAACAUUACCACGGCAGAAGUUUCAUACCGUUCGGCGAUGGAAGAUUGGGAAGUUAGCCCAGGGACCGUCAGAACUGCGAGAGACAAAUUUAACUCUGGGGGCCAUGAAGUUGCUUAUUCAGCCCACCAUAUCCGCAACAAUCCAACCGUCACCGAGUUUGCCAAUACCAGCUUCGCCAUCCAAACUAUCCUUGGCGGCCGCAGCUUUGGGUUUCCUCUUGAGACAUUCGUCCGCGUCUGCUACGUGGUAUCUGGUAAACUCCAGGUUCACGUUGAUGGGGCUGAUUUUGCCAUUGGUAAAGGCGGGAUGUGGCGGGUUACUGGCCUUGGGUCUUGCAUUGUUGGCAAUCGAAGCUAUGAGGACGCCGUCAUCCACAUCACUUCUGUCAGAAUUGAGCGAGGAGUGGUGAUUUAA